CUAUCACCCGAACUAACCCUGAUAUCUUCUACUCCAUGGCUCCAUGCCAGCUAUAUUUUUCUGUGCUCUCUUUCUCAUAUCCACCAAUUUCCGCAAGGAGAGAAAUUAAUCAGAAGCGGCGAGAGAAGAAUCAAGCAUGAGAAGAAUUAGCAAUAUCCAUCAAUCAAGUGCAAGCUAGGCAGAAGUGUGAAGUUUCGGGGAUGGAGACUGCUGUGCUGAGCACUCUUCUGAACAUGCUAGGGCCGAAGCUCUACACCUUCUUGCAAGAGAACCAUGAGCUGCGGCGGAACCUGGAACACGACAUACGGUACAUCCGGAACGAGCUCCGGAUGAUCGGCGCGGUGAUCGAUGAGCACGAACGCGGGCAGAUGAACCACGGUGGCCCUCUGCAGGGGGCUUGGAUCCAUGGCGCGCGCGAGCUGGCCUACGACAUGGAGGACUGCAUCGACCGCUUCAUGCACCGUAUGACAAGUGGCCAUAGGCUCGCCACAAUGGCCGUCCGCACCAAGUUUGCCACCGUGAUCCAGAAGCUCCGGAAGAAAUCGGAGGAUCUGUCUAAGCUGAGAGCAAACUACACAACCGCUGGCAACGGCAAUGGUGAUUGCCAAGCAAGCACCUCCGGGACCAUGUCGUCAUUUGAGACGACACAUAUCCCCACAGCUGACACCGUCCCUGUGGGAAUGGACGGGCCAAGGGAUGAGAUUCUUGAGCUGAUCAUGGAAACACAAAGCCAGCCCAAUCAGCUCAAGGUCAUCUCCCUUGUCGGGUUUGGCGGGUUAGGGAAGACCCUCCUCGCCAAGCAAAUCUAUGAGAACACCACCAUUUGCACACAAUUCGAACCACAGGCCUGGGUUUCCGCAGCAGGGAAGAGUGCGAGGGACGUCCUCAAGGAGAUACUAUGCCAGCUUGGCUUCCAAUCGCAAGCACAGGAGGACGAUGUCAGCAAGCUCAUCACAAGUCUGAAAAAAUGCCUCCACUCCAAGAGGUUCUUCAUUGUAAUUGAUGACAUCCAGAGGGAAUAUUGGAACAGUACUAUAAAAGAUGCUUUCCCUGUAGAUACAGGAUCAAGCAGCAUAGUGCUGGUGACGACGGCCAUCCAUUCCAUAGCAAAUGCCUGCAGCUCUGACUACUUCAACGAGCUGAUCAACCGGAGCAUCAUUCAGCCUGUUGCUACGAGCAGUAACACUGAGGUGAAGACAUGCCAAACUCACGGCAUGAUGCUUGAGUUCAUCCUGCAUAAGUCCAUGUGCGAUGACUUCAUUACGUUGCUAUAUGAUCAAGCUUGCCUGCCUGACAAAAUACGUUGCCUUACUGUGCAACAUAACAGCACCAGAAGGGGCAGAAUGAACUCAGACAUUGAUUUAUCUCAUGUUCGGUCUUUGACAAUCUUCGGAGAGGCAGAAGACUCUGUUUUAGAAUUCUCCAGUUAUGAACUACUGAGAGUUUUGGAUCUUGAAGAAUGUGAAAAUUUGAAAGAUGAACAUCUCAGGAAGAUAUGCAAGCUGUUGCUGCUCAGGGAUGUUCUUGCUGCUCUAAGCAAUGUUCGCUGUUUGCAUUACCUCAAACUGAUUACACCUAAUCUGGAAAAGUUUGUCAUAGGACAGGGUCCACUCAAAAGCCUACGACGCUUGUGCAUCAUGGUGCAAACCAUGACCGAGCCAGAAAUCCAACAGGGGGCUCUGCCAAAUCUGGAGUCAUUCCGGCUGCUCUGUAAGGAUCUAAAUGGGCUAUGUGGCAUCAACAUCCAGUACAUCGGCCCCGAAUGCCUCAAGGAGGUUGCUCUUGACAAAAGAAUUAGCGAAGAAACAAAAAAGAAGUGGAAGGAAACAGUGAAGAACCAUCCUAGAUGGCCCAAGGUCUCAUUUGUUAAUACAGGAGAGGUUGGUCAGAUGCAGAAUAUGGAGGUUGCUCAGCCUACAGAGGAUGCUGCAGCACUGGCUUUGGCUGCCGGCUCCCUAAGGCCGGUUCCGGUUUUUAGACGUCCAAAGGCAGAUCAAGAAAGGACCUUAGAUCUCUGUUCCAUGGGCCAAACCUCUAGGGAAUCUUGCAGCAAUACUGAGCCAUACUUCAAAACUAAUGGGACUUCACCAGGCAAGCUGAACCCUGUGAAUGAUGAAUGUCACCAUUUCUGCUAG